GCCCCGCCCUCUGGUGUCCUGCGGAAAGCACUCCGGGCGGGGCGCGUGGAGCGGAGGCCGUACGGACCGAGAGUUCGUCGUGGUGCAGGUUGGCCUUCCCUCAAGUCCGGUAGCUGGGGCCAGACACCGGACAGGCCCAGCGAAGGUCUUACUGCGGGCGAACGCUGCGUGUGGCGUUCCUGUGGGGAAAGACUCGAAAGUGUACCUAUGAUACACGCUUUAGAAACAGAAUACUUUGGUUCAAAGAAAAAAAUGGCUCUCAGUCCAUCUGUAGUUCCUCAAGAAAGUGAAGAAAACAAUGCAAACUGUGUAGAAACGAAACAGUCACAAACUGCUUCCACUGCAUCAGAGGACCCCCUUCAACACUUAUGCUUAGCGUCUCAGGAGGUGCUUCAUAAGGCUCAGCAAAGUGGGAGGUCACGGUGUCUUCAAUGUGGUGGCUCAAGGAUGUUCUACUGCUACACAUGCUAUGUCCCGGUGGAAAAUGUGCCCACUGAGCAGAUCCCGUUUGUGCAGCUUCCACUGAAGAUUGAUAUCAUUAAGCAUCCGAAUGAAACAGACGGCAAAAGCACGGCUGUGCACGCAAAGCUCUUGGCGCCGGACUCUGUGAACAUUUACACAUAUCCCUGCAUUCCGGAGUAUGAAGGGCAGGACCACGAGGUUGUACUUGUUUUUCCUGGACCUCAGUCUAUCUCAAUAAAAGAUGUCUCUUUCCAUCUACAAAAACGGAUCGAAAGUAAAAGUGGAGACAAAGCUGACGACCUGGAUAUGCCACCUCGUAAGCUCGUGAGGACUGAGGCACAGGAAGGCUGGCAUUUGAAUGAGAGCAUGGGCAAAGGCCCAGAGCUGAAAAGAGUUGUCUUUAUUGACAGCACCUGGAGCCAGACAAACCAGAUCACCUCUGAUGAGCGGCUUCGGGGUAAGGAUUGUGUUCGGGCUUCCUCCCCUGCCAGCUCUUACUUAGAACAACUUUACAUCUAUGGCUCCCUCAAAAGAAAAGCUCUGUUCGUGCUUGCAUGUGCUCCAUUUCUCUUCUCCCUUUCUGUAUUUGUGUGUGUGUGUGUGUGUGUGUGUGUGUGUGUGUGUUUGUAUGCGUGUGUGCUUGUGUGUGUGUGUGUGUGUGUGCAUGCUCAUGUGUGUGUGUCUGUCUGUCUCUGUAUGCGUGUGUGUGUGUCUGUCUGUGUUUGUACGCGUGUGUGCUUGUGUGUGUGUGUGUGUGUGUGUGUUUAUGCAUCUGUGGACAUUGCUGGAGAAAUCCUUUUAAAGUAAGCAGUAGGCUUUGCAAAACAGCUAUCUAAAUACUAUAGAUCUGUUGAAAAUAAGAACACUCCUACGUAAUAAAUAAAAUGCCAUUGGUUCUCCUAUGAGAAUUAGCAGAACUUGUAUAAUAUCUAACUUACAGCCUGCUUUCACAUCUCUUCAAUAAAUACAGUAAUGGCUUGUGUAGCACAUUUCCCUCUGACACAGCAUUUAAACUCAGAGUUUUUGAUGCUUGUAUAAGCUUAGUGUCUUAAUCUAGAGCAGUUUCCUUUUUAAAAAAUUUAGAUUUUGGUAAAGCGGCCAGAUUGGUUGACUGAAUGUCUUGUCAUGAUAAACUCAGUCUAGAUACUUUGUUUCAUAUACUUUUUACAUUAUUUAAAAUGUAUAAGUAUGUAUGUGUGUUUGUGUGCACAUGUGCAUGUAGGAGCACAUGGAGGCCAGAAGAGGGCAUUGGAUCCCUUGGAGUUACAGUUACAGGCAGAUAAGAGCUUUCUAACGUGGGUGCUGGAAACCAAAUUUGGGUUCUGCACAUGAGCAGGAAGUGCUGUUAACUACUGUGCCAUUUCCCCAGCCUCAUAGUUAGGAUACUUUAAGAGGAAAUUCAGGUUUGUCUGUAGCUGAUCCAGUUUGAUCUGUUGUUUGUUGUCAUUAAUGAUAGUUGGGGCUUUCCCUGUCAGUUCAUGAAUUGUUUGGUUGAGCAUGUCAUGCAUGUUGAAUUCAAGUUUUAUACUUACUGCUGCGUUCAGGCAGGAGCCAUAUAAAACAAGCUGUCUCCUUAUAUAACUACUUAAUUUAACAAGAACUGCUCAGUUGGUGGGAUUGCCCAAUUGCCGGAUCUUUGCACCGUGAAAGUCUAUAUUCCUUUAGUGUACAGGCAUAAAGCUUCCAGGCUAUAGGCGUUCUCAGCAGAGCUUAGUAUUUACGGAUCAUUGCCUCAGUCAAUCGUUAAAUUGAGAAGCCAAAUAAGGUGACAGUUUAGUCAUGUUACUGCUGCAUGUGUGAGCUGACCCUUGACACCAGCCUAGGGAGUUACUGCCUCGGUAGAUGCAGCAGCAUGUCUCAAACCCACUUAACUCCCUUCCUGCCGUAAGCUGGUUCACCAUGUUCUUAAAACCUGCGGUUCAUUUCACUAGGGUCGGAUAUUAGAAGCUGAGUCACGUCAGGUGACUACUACAUGCCGUGUCUUCAUGGACAGAGCCAAGGAAACAAACAGGAGUGCGUACCGGGAGUUCACAGUGGUAGUCUCAACUCGCUUCAGUAUUACAGGAGUUUCAUUUGUUUUACCUCCAUUUCUAUGUCUUUUAUAAGAAAAACUUCCACAUGCCUAUGUGUUUAUAUGUGUAUAUGAUGCCUGUGCAUAUGUGUAUGUACAUGUGUUUAUGUGUAUGUGAUACCAGUGCAUAUGUGUAUAUACAUGUGUUUAUGUGUAUGUGGUGCGUGUGCAUAUGUGUAUAUACAUAUGUUUAUGUGUAUGUAGUGCCUAUGCAUAAGUGUAUGUACAUGUGUUUGUGUACAUGUGUUUAUGUGUAUGGGAUGCCUGUGCAUAUGUGUAUGUACAUGUGUUUAUGUGUAUGUAGGCACAUGCCUGGCACUGACUGUAUGUAGUGCUCAGAGAAUAAUGUUGAAUGUCAUUCCUUGCCUCCCACCAUGCGUCAGACAGAGCCUCUUGCUCACCGCACCAGACUGGCCGACUCACAGCUCCUGAGUGUCCUCCAGCCACUACCUCCAUCUCAUCACAGGCGUAGGGAUGUAGCUGUGCCUCUGCCUCUGCCUGGACUGCGGAUCUACUCAGGUUCUCAGGCUGUUGUGCAGCAAGUGGGCUGCUGUUCACUGGGCCAUCUCCUAGCCCUCGAUGCCCUUUCCGCUGGAAUGACAUGCGGAGCUCCCAGUAACGGUUUCAGUUACUUUACCUGCCCCCCAGUUAACACAGUAGUAGUCUGUAGUCCAGGGGCUCAUCCUGUUUCUCCUGUUUCUUUGUACCUUCCUCCAUACUUCAAGUGCUUUUUUUCUAAAAGCUUUAAGAUUUUUCCACGUAUUGAAUAGCUUUGUGACCAGAAGGCAAGAGAACUACUCAGUUGGUACUGCAUGGUUGCCAAAGGCCCCUCAAAUAAAGACACACUACAAUCUGUCACCAUUUCCAAGCUAAAGGAACCUCCCAGUACCUUUCCCUGACUUAGCUCAUUAGCUAAUUAGUUAGUCUGCACCUGUGGGCUCUAACACUUUGGAGAGUUCAGUGCUGCAGUUUACUGGAUGAUCCGUCUUGGCCUCUGCUUUGGAUGACUGAGAAGUCACAAUCCGCCACAGCCCCUCUGUCCCCUUACUGCAGCAAGUCACUCCUCAGUUUGAAGAUUGUCUGGGCUUUUUCUUAUUACUUACUACCUUAUAUGGUAAUUACGAGGUUCAAAUGAAAGAACACAAGUAAAGGUCCUUGAAAAACCUAUAAAUAGAAUUAUUCUGCUACUAUCCAAAGUCAGUUUGUUUGGGUUGGCCUAAAAUGAGAUUUGUAUGCAUGGUUUGUUACUCCUUCCCAAUUCCCAUAGAAAACAUGCAGUUCACUUCUGUGCUAGUUCAUAACCAUGGAAAGCAUGUCCCUGCAGAUCCUAAUUCAGUCCCUGCCUCCUCUGCCUCCUCAGGAGUAACUGAGGAACUCUUUCUGAGUCAGCUGACCUCACUUCACAUAGUGUUUACCAAUUUCAUAUAUUUUUCUGCAGUUUUCAAAAUUUUAUUAUUUCCUUACAGCCAAAUAGAAAUUCCAUGUAUUUUCAGUAUCCACUGAUCUGUUGAUAAUCGUAUAGGCUGACUACAUUUCCUCGCUAUUGUAUAAACAGCAGUGAUGAAUGUAGAAGAUGCCUGCUGGGUUUAUUUCCGGGGUGCCAUAGUGAGGCUGUGUGUUAGCUCUAUUAUUAGUAUUCUGAGAAACCUCCACAGUGAUUUCCACAGUAGCUACACAGUUUACCUUCCCACCAGCAAUGAAUAAAAGGGUUUCCCCCAACUCCUCACCUUGUAGAGAUCUCUUACAUCAUUGAUUAAUUUGUUUCUAGUUAUCUGGGUUACUUUGGUUUGGUUUGGUUUGGUUUUUGAGACAAUUAUAGUGGAAUAUUUUUCCCUGUUUUCCUUCUCUGCAAGUCCAUCAUUGGUGUACAUUAAAGCUACUGGAUUUUGUAUCCUUUGCUGAGUGUGUUUAUCAGACCUAAAAGUUUUCUAGUGAAGUCCAUGUGGCGUUUUAAGGUAGAAUCACAUUGUCUGUAAAAAGCAAUAGGUUAAUUUCUUCUUUCCAAUUUUCAUCCUCCCUGCCUUUCUCCAAUCUUACUAGCUAAAACUUCCAGAAUCAUAUGGAAUAGGAAUCAGGAGAAUGGGUACCCUUGUCUAAGAUUUUAGAGAAAAUAGUCUGUUUUCCUUUGUUUAGAACAUUGGUUAUAGUUUGUCAUAUGUAGCUUUUAUCAUAGUGUGGUAUAUUCUGUCUGUUCUUACUUUCUUAUGGAAUUUAUUUUGGGGGCAUGUUGAAAAUAGUUAAGGAAUAUGCUGGGUUAGUAAAUAGAUUCUCCUCCAAGAUCCAUGACUUCACCAGCCCUGGAAAGAUGGCUAUGUUUCAAGUAUGAGGCAUGAUUUCCCACUGUAGUGGGCUUAGUUAAGUCUGGUUAGAUAGCUGUUAGUUAUCCCCAGGAUGGCUGCCACUACCGUUCCCUUGGGAUUAUUGUGCCAUGCUGGUGGUUGCUGUAGUUUCUAGCAUCGCAGUUGGGUAGGACUGUUGGUUGCUUCCCUCUUUUGGAAGCUCGCAUGGCGUCUUCUAGUCUUCAUGAAAGCUAGUCUUCAGGGAAGAAGCUUUUAGGCCUGCUCAGGGCCCUAUGUCUGCAGGUGCAUGGUGUCUUCAGCAGUAGGGUCUAACCUUCCACCUCUGGGGAGCAACCAAGGAUACUAACAACAUCUAUAUUUUUGAGUCUCUUAGACAACAUUUACCAACAACAACUCAAAAAGGGGCUUCUCGUGCCUGGUGUUGGGGGUUCUGUUAGAUCUUUGGUUCUCAGAGGGAACAUUAUCAACUCAGACAAGAAACUUUGAUAUCAAGUAUGUAUGUAUAUUUAUAUACCUACUUAUAUGUAUUAUAGUGUGAUUCUUUAUGUCUUGUUCAGACAUCCUCACAGUCAUUUCACCUUCCUCCCUCUGCACUUGUCUCCCUCCUCCUCUCUGGUGAGAGCCUGUAACAAAAUCUAAAGAAAAAAAAAGAGUGAAUCAAAAUGGCAACUAGUUGAGGAAUAAAAUCAUUUUAUCUAAUAAAUUAAAUCCUUUUUGCAAGUCGAUAAUCAAGUUCUGUCCACAAAUCAAAACAUGAAAAGAAGCUGCCAGAAAAUAGCAGGCGAGAACAAUGAGGUAAAAGGCUCCCCAACACUGUUAGGUUUAAAUAUGUCAUAUAAGGUAUGAGACUCGGGGAGGUUAGGUAUACACAGGCUCCCAUUCUGUGCCAUGCAUGUGUCCUUUCUAUAUGUAUGUGCAUUAAAAUGAUGCCCUUGUUAGAGUUGAAUAGAAGGAACUUAUGGCACUUAAAAAAUUCUUGAAGCAAUUAGAUCAUCGUUUUCAACACAUAUCAUUGUAACAGUUAUGGUUCUCAAUAAUAAUGUGAUUAAGAAGUAUUUAUAUUUUCCCUUUGUUUGUUUGGCAGAGUUAUUACAAGUUGAACUGAAAACAAGAAAAA